GGAGUGUGAGUCACAGGAUUACUGGAGCCGCUCAGUCUCGCUUAAAGACGUCUUCAGACGGGUCGUCUCUAUAUGCACCUCCGGUGUGUUCAUACUCGGUGUGCAGGAUGAAGAAUAUGUGGAAAGAACACAUCUUCAUCUUCCUCCUCGUCUCGUUCUGCAUGUGUACGGGGAAAUCCGACUUCGCUCCGUAUUUCUAUGAUAAUGGAGGCGGCAGUGAGAACGGGAACAUGGCUUUAUUCAGCGUCGCAGAAGACACGCCUGUCGGAAGUCAUGUGUACACACUGAACGGCUCUGACCCCGAGGGUGACCCCGUGACCUACGGCAUGACCUUUGAUAAGGGCUCGAAAGAGUUUUUCAGCGUCGAUCGUAAAUCAGGAAACGUGACUCUCAUUGAAGGUCUAGACCGAGAGGUUCAGGAUGAGAUUGUUGCAGUUGUGAUCAUCACAGACGGCAGAAAUCAGGUAGAGGAAAACGUUCGAGUGUUUGUCACCGAUGCUAAUGAUGAAAAGCCCGAGUUUUUAAAUCUCCCAUUCGUUGUGGAUGUCCCUGAGGACACGUCGUCGGGCAGCAGCAUCUUCAGAGUUCAGGCUGUGGAUCGAGACUUAGGCUCGGGAGGAAGUGUCAGCUAUUUCCUGCAGUCUCCCAGUACCAAGUUCACCAUCGACGGUCACAGUGGAGUUCUGCGUGUUAAACCGGGUGAAUCGCUGGAUUACGAGCGCUACCUGAAUCAUUUUGUCACUGUAGUUGCAAAGGACGGUGGUGGGAAAUAUUGCGGGAAAUAUCAAAUUAUGACUUCGACAGCCGUCAUAACCAUCAAUGUUCUGGAUAGCCAGGACUCUCCUCCCGUGUUUGUCGGUAUUCCCUAUUUUGGAUAUGUCUAUGAAGUCUCCGUUCCAGGUUCAGAGAUAUUCACUGUAUUUGCGAAAGACGGAGACCAGAACAAUCCCAAUAACAUCCAUUAUUCCAUUCUGACCGGCAGUGAUGGAUUAUUUAAUAUCAACAGUACGAGUGGCUGUAUCAGUUUGACAUCAUUUCCUGUACAGCUGAAGAAUGAGUUAUAUGAGUUAAAAGUCCAGGCUUCAGAGGUCGGGCCUGACAAGCAGUUUGUCGACUACGCCAUCACCACCGUCACUAUUCGUGUGUUGGAUCUCAACAAUCAUCCGCCGACGUUCUACGGAGAGAACGGUCUACAGAACAGGUUUGAUUUGACCAUGUAUGAACACCCGGCGGAAGGAGAGAUCCUCAGAGGCCUGAAGAUAACCGUGAACGACUCGGACCAGGGUGCAAAUGCUAAAUUCAGACUUCUGCUGGUGGGACCCGGUCGAGUUCUUCGUGUCGUCCCACAAACGGUUCUCAAUGAAGCUCAAGUAACCAUCAUCGUGGAAAACGCCACCGCCAUCGACUAUGAAACAAAUCAGUUCCUAACAUUCAAGUUGUUAGCCGUUGAGAUUGAUACUCCAGAGAGAUUCAGUGCCACUGCAGAUAUUGUGAUCAAUCUUUUGGACACCAAUGACAAUAUUCCAAAGUUUUCCUCUGAAUUUUACAUCGCCAGGAUUCCUGAAAAUUCUCCAGGAGGCUCAAACGUCGUCUCCGUGACUGCCACAGAUCCAGACUCCGGACUUUGGGGACAAGUGAAAUAUUCCAUGUAUGGCUCGGGAUCUGAUCUGUUCCUCAUUGAUCCAACAUCUGGCAUUAUUUACACGGAGACGUGGGCGUCUUUAGAUGCUGAAGUGAAGUCAAAAUAUAAUUUCUAUGUAAAAGCUGAAGACACUGAGGGAAAAUACAGUCUUGCGGAGGUUUUUGUCACCGUCUUGGAUCUAAAUGACCAUCCACCAGAGUUCAAUGAGGACGUCCUGGAGAAGACCAUGAUUAUUGGGGCUCCAGUGAAAAUCCAGGCUGUGGAUGAAGAUGCAGAAGAACCCAAUAAUCUCAUUGAAUAUUCUAUCAUGAAAGCCGAUCCGGACAACAUCUUCGACAUUAACACGUCCACAGGCGAGAUUAAGCUCAAACCGUACAUCAAGUCCAUGGAGAUCGUGCAGAACAUCAGCAAACAGAAAGAGUGCAAGUGGUCUUUGGUGGUUCAAGCUCGCGAUCGUGGCUUGCCGUCCUUCAGCACAACAGCAGUCGUGAAGAUUGACAUCACGGAGGUGAGUCAACUCAAGGUCCACAUGGCAGCGUUUUUAAUGCAGAGUCGAGACAAUCCGAUGAAAGCUUUCGGCAUGGUGGCUAGCAUCAUUAGCGUUAUGGUUUUGGUGACGGUCAUGAUAUCCACUGUCAUGUACCUUCGCAACACAAAGUCCAACAGAAUCACGCCAGCGCGUCGCAUCAUACGCAGGAAACCCAGAGAGCGACGGUCGUGGAGCUUCAGGCCAGCGUUCACACAUAUUGACGGCAACCACGAAAAGUUCCUCAUGGAUGACGAGACGAGGAGCAACCGCAACGUGGACGACGACAACAGCUCCAAGGCCAAACCCCCCGCACCCGUCUGUCCCCCUCCACCACCGAGCGAGUCCCAGCGACCGCUGCCCACAGUGUCCGGUGCCCUGAUGGCCAGAAAAUGUAGUCGUGGCUCUAGCUGGAAGUCAAAGAAAAAAAGCUCAGAUGACGUGCAGAAAUCUCGGCGAAAUAAAGAUAGCAGCAGCAUCAGUUCCGCUCUCGUGUCCGAGCUAAAGAUGAAAAUAGAACAGAAAAUUAUUGAAGCAAAUCAGGGCUAUUACUACUGAAAAACACUCUCUGAAACACGGUCAUGAGAGAUUGAUGUUCCUCACGUGAAGCACGUGUGUGUGUGUUUUAUGAUGGAUCGAACGUUUGAUGUAACAAACUGUUUGGCUGAACAUUUCUUUUAAAUUGCCGUCUGGUUCAGCUAAAAUGCUUCUGUUUCUCAACGUGGCGUCGGUGAAAUCUGGCUUGUAAUAAUGGGAGAAAUCCUUCAAAUGUAACUUGUAAAUGCUGCUGUAUCCACAUGUGUUUGUAAAGGUCAUUCAAACUGUAGAUACUUCUGAGAGGAACAGUUGGUUAAAUGCUGUUUGUUCAGCAAGAAUUAUUCACAUCGUUUCUUCAUAAAUCAUUAUUAACAUAAUCUGUGUGCAACGACCUAAAGACAACUUCAAUAAAUCAAGGUUUCAUCCCAUUUAAUCACUAAACUCUUAAUAUAUCAACCUUGAAAAUAUUGAAUAAUGUUGGACACACCAUCUCAAACUGGAGAAAUGUUAUCUGUCAGUAAUAAACGUACACCGCCUUUCCAGCUUAAAGAGUGACAAUAUAUUUAUUUGAAAGUCGCAUGUAUCUGUACGGUCUAAUUUUAUGGCUUUGUAAUUGUAUUUCUUUGAACAACUUUUGCCUUGAGGAGUUUCAGGAAGUCGAUUUACUGAAUGAUGUACUGAAAUACACAAUCUGAAUCUUAUUGCUGUCAAUCUUUUUUUGUAAAGACUUUUUCACCAAUAUUUAGUUUAUGGAUUCAUUUGUAUCUCCAUUUUCUCAGCAAAUGAGCAUCCAUGUGCUGUUUGUUUUAGGGAAUACCCAAAUUUCACAAUAUGGUACUUCUGUAUAUUGUUAUGUUUGAUCUCCAAAUGAAUUAAACUCUUUUUAAUAGUGUUGUAAAAAAGCAA